AUGAGUUGCGAUUGUGUCCAUUUAAGAUCUGAAUUAGAGCAAAUUAGAAAUAAAUAAUCAAUAUUACUGAAAGACCAUUAAAUAUAACUAGAAUUAAUAAGAACAAAAACAAAAUAAUAAUAUGAAAGUCUUUUGGAGACAUAAAAAUAAGGUUUGUUAGGGGUGUAAAAAAUUAAUGAAUAGGAAAUAAACAAAUUAAAAGAAAUUAUAGGAAUUAAGAACAUUGAAAUAGAAACUUUAAUUCAUACUAACUAAAAAUAUAGAGCUCAGUUAAAUUAAUAAGAAUAAAUUAGUAACUUAAAGAUAUAAAAUUUAAAAAAGGAAUCAUCAGAUAUUAUCACAUUAAUCUCAAAAUAUUAAGAAGAAAUUCAUAAAUUAAAAUAAGAACAGCCUUAAAAAGAAGAUUUACUAAAUGAAUUACAAAAAUUGCGUAUAGAAGAAAUUUAGAAUUAUUACACAAAAUUAUUAAAAUAACAUGAUAAAGAGAAGCAAGAAGUGUUGGGAAAAUUUGAUGAAUUAAUAUAAAAAGAGAAAAAUCUUAAAGAAUAAAUAAAUAAUUAAGUUUCAUAAAUUUAAUUUUAAAAAUUAGUAUUAUUAGAGAAAACAUCAAUAAUUGAAUAAAAUGAGAAGGACAUAAAAAAAUUAAAGUUAGAAUUAUUGAAAUAAUAAAACUAAUAAUAUUAAAAUAUUAAUGAAAAUUAAUUAAAAGAAUAAUCACUUAAAAAAGAUUAUGAAGUAGUAGUGUAGCAAUAUGAGUUGGAAUUAGAGAAUUAAAAAAACUAAAUUUAACAAAUUCAUAAUUCUUAUGAAUAGGUAUUCUUAUGAUUUAUAAUAUUAGCUUACUUUGAAGUGUAAUGAAUUAAACGAAGAAACCUACAAGUAAAGCUUAAUAAUUAAAACUUAAAAUGAUACAAUAAUAGAAUAAGAAGCAUUACUAGAAAAAUUAGAAAUACACUCUUAAACUAAUAAUAUGUAAUUCAGUCAAAUGAUGGAGAACUAGAAGAGAAGAUUAGACUAGGCAUAUUCAUAUUAAUUAGAGAGUCUUAAGAAAUCAUUUUAAACAUAGGUAAAUAAUAAUUAAAAUAUUUAGAUUAUUUUAUAAUAAUAAUAACAAGCUGAUGAUGGAAAUUUAAAUGGAAAAUAAAGUUUUAUUAGAAGAAGCAUAUCUGAUCUCUGA